CAGCCGGAUCAGGCUGGCGGCUAGAGCUUCUCCUCUUCAUGCCAUGACAAGUUGACAUUAAGACCUAGUAUCGGCAAUACUUGUGUCAAAUCUUGUAACUCAUGAAACAACAAGCAAAAGCAUGGGAUCAUCAUGCCUUUGCGACAACUCUUUCCGGAUCCCCAGAUCUCUGACAGCAAACCAACCAAGGUGGAUAUAAUUGCCGUCCAUGGCCUGAAUCCUCGAAACAAGCCCGAUACUGACCACGCUUGGGACACAUGGCGCAAGCCUUCCGGACCGGACGGACGCUUGUGGCUUCGUGCCGACCUCCCCCAAUCCGUUCCCGAAUCGCGAAUCUUUCUAUACGAGUAUAACGCGACAGCAGUCUAUGGAAAGGACCGGGACACGUUCGUUGGUAAGGCUAGCGAACUUCUCGAGGCAAUCCGAAUCAAAAGGGAUGACGAGUCUCGGCCUAUUCUGCUAUUGGGCCUGUCAGGGUACGGCUAGGCCGAAGGCAAUAGUACAGAGUGAUGGGGAGUAACGGGCGUCCCUCCUACGUAAUACCGGGUGGUCACUGGCGGUCUCAGGUAGGGGUGCCCACGGUGAUGCAUUGAUCUCUACUCUCCCUCUAUCU